AUCAAAUGCCAAUAUGAGAGGACUGGUCUGGAACACUUCGAGUGCCUAUGCACGUCUUGGCCUACGAAUCCUGUUCAAUCUUCUGUUGCUAUCAUUCGGACUUAUAGGAGACCAAUGUUGCAAGGAAAGAACCGAGCUUCAGAUACUUCUCAAACAGCCUCUCGAUUUGACGCACUACACCGGAUGGCUGCACGGAUCCAAUGCCGCGUGGGCCAUGCACAAGAUGAAGCGGCUACCGGCUGGCUGGUUGGGAGUUGUUAUGAUACUUACUGGUCUGAUGUGGACAGCAGCCGAUCUUGCAGUUAGCGGACUUGUCGUUUCGAUUGAUGUUCGCGAUAGAUGUGCGUUCAAUACUUCUGGGCUGUACGAAGUAAUGUACAAUGAGUCUUUCAGCAACUAUAUCGUACCGUAUACGGUCGGUAACCUCUUCAACUUGGUAACUCGAGCACAAGUAACGAGCCAAGCGAAUGGUGGAUUAGGAGGAAUAUACGAAAAAGUCAAUGGCGACCCUACUUUCCGAGCUGAUCCUGAAGACAUCCUGGGACAGUGGAAUUGCCACGAUGUGGGGGAUGAUCAACAAUAUCCGGCACACGACAACAUCACUACAGUUCUCGAAGAUCUGGGGUCGAAGAACAUCCUGUUUGAUGUACAGCUGGCUUGCUCAGACGACUAUCCGGAUAACACCUACGGUCAUCUAGUCGCGUGGUCUAGCCCUAGACAAGAUUUCCAAAGCACAGACCCAUGGGAUGUACGAGCAUCAAUCGACACGACGGCUAACAACAAAGAGCCGAUCAACAUGAAGAGUUUUUUGUGUUCCAUGAACGCUUCGUCUGUCGAAUGGGUCCUUGGCAGAACGAAUCCUGCUACCACACUCAAGAAUUGGUGCGACCAGCUCAAAGGAUUGAUGUAUGAGAACACUCUGACCGUGCCUCCCGUGGCGAAUCCUGCUGCUGUUCUUGAGUCGACAUUAGAUGCGAUUAUUAUGAUCUCUGGCGCCUCACAGAGUGGACCGAAUAUCACAACGUCACCUAUCAAAGACCCAACACAAGGAUGUCUGAUACCAAAAGCUUCGAUAACAUGGCUAGUUGUUUUGCUCUUGAUCGUAGUGAUUUUGGGGACUGCGGGGAUGCUGGGCUAUUGGUUGUUCUUGUUGAGAUCUGUACGCAAGCUCAGAUCAUGGAGGUUGCCAAGUGAGCGAGGAGAAGUUCCGAACGGUUUGUUGAGCUGGAUGGUACAGGCUGUGAACGAUACUGGGAUGACAGUCAGUUCUGCAGAGCUGAAUAGGUGGUAUUUAGUCCCGAGAGGAGAUGGAAGAUCUGUGCGUAUUGCGAGAGAGGUGAUUCGUUGUUGGCAGAGAGUGAUUUAAAUUCGCAGACGGUGGGACUGAAUUCUGGAUUUGGGACAGCAAGGCUAACACCUCGACGCGGUUGUGUGGUCUUGGGCCGAUGCUCAAGCUAACCUUGAUCUUCAAGUGAGACUUCAGAGCUAGAUUCAAAAUCGUAUUGACUCUGUGUAUUCUUCGUUUUGGGCAACUUUGAGCGGAACAGAUUAUUCAAACAGAGGCGGUCCGCAUGGGUAUAAUAGAUACAAGUUGGCGAGGGGGCAACAGUUUUCCCAUCUUCUCAAUGCUUCAAUCUGGUACAACUAGAGC